CGCACCCUGCCCGCCAGCAGCGCGUGCGCGGCCCUCGCGGCGAGAGCGAUGGCCGCCCCCGCGGCCUCUGCGCCGGCCGCGCGGCGCGCCCCGCGGCCGCGCGGGGCCGCGGGGCGCGCCCUGCUGCUCGCGGCGUGGGCCCGGGGCGGCGCCGCGGUGCGCUCCAGGUCAGACGAGCUCGGGGAGGUGCUCGAGGCUGUGGCGGGCAACGGGUCGUUGUCGCGCUCCUGGGCGGCCGCGCUGUCCGAGAAGCUCUGCGGCAGAGCGAUGAAGCUCGAGUUCGACGAUAUGAACGCGGCGAACCCGAGCUGCCACUGCGAGUGUCCCGCCAGCGAGUGCCUGAAGGAGACGUGCCCCCCCAGCUUCCGCCUACACGAAGGGAAGUGCAAGCGCCUGGAGCUGAAGCAUCAUGAGGGCGUCGAUUCCGCGCACGAGAAGCUCGAGUGCCUCGAGGGGCAGCGGGACGCACCCGCUGGAGGGGCGGGGCUUCCCCCUGCAGGCGGCGCGGGCGCUCCCCUCACGUGCCAGUACGACUGCGACUGCCCCAAGGCGUUCGAGGGCACGCACCACCACCUCUCUGGAUGUCAAUGCACCUACCAAGUGGAAUGCGAGUUGCCGAUGGAAAGAAAGGUCGUUGACGGCGAGGACUGGUGCAUCUAUGAGGGCGUGCCUGCACGCACGGAGACGAAGACAGAGUACUCCGACACCAUCCGAACAUGCCCUACCGGUUACGAGUUGGAGGAGGGUCAAGGGGAGGACGACGUCGAGUGCGCGAAGUACGUGGAGGUCGAGGUGCCUGCUGUGCCCCCCCGCCUCGAGCUGCUGGAGUGCCCCGACGGCAUGCAGCUCGAGCUGUGUGGCGGCAUGGUGCGAUGCUACGAGGAGGUGGACUGCCCCGUGGUGGAGACCAAGGGCAGCUCCCGGGUGAGGGACUGUGCGGCCGCGCUGAUCAUGGACUGCGGCCCAUCUCAUGAGUUGGAGCUCGACGCCCGCGCGGGCGCGGCCCACUGCAAGUCCGCAGGGAUCCCGGCGCACACGGUGACGAAUCGUGAGGUCGCCGAGCCCAUGGAGGUGUGCCCGGACGGCUACUACCCAGAGGGCGGAGAGCAGGACUGCGCACGACACGAGGAGGUGCACAUAGAGGAAAUACCCGCGCAGAAGGAGCGGCUGCAGUGCCACACGGGCACUGGCAUCAGUCUUGUCGCCCGCCGAAGGGCCUGA